AUGAAUACAAAGACUUUGGCACGUGCGAACCGCGAAAAAUAUCUGGCUGGCAUCGGCGGAAGAUAUUAUCCGACGUGGCAUCGACCGCCUACACUGACAUGUGUAAAAAGCGCCUCCAAAGUGGAGCCUCUUGCUUCAGUUUCUUCCCGAGGGUUUUUCUCCUUUUUUUCCUCUCGAUUUUUCCUUUCGUUUUCUCCAGAUUUUUUUGUUUCUUUUUUGUCGUUUCCGAUCCAAAUUAGUGCUGUCACGCAUUUUUAUAUGCUGCGUGUCGAGGAAGAUUUCCGGCCGGAGGCGCUGCGUCGGCCCCUGCCGUCGGAGGCGGAUGUAGCCUGCGAUCGUGAGUUGACUCGCUCGAGGUCGGGUGCGUCGUCUUUCACCGCCGAGGACUGCAAAGCUGUUGUUCGCAGCUCGGAGGAUGUGGCGCCGGAUGAUGGUACUGCAUGGACGGACGAGAAGCACAACUUGUAUCUUCAUGAUUUGGAAGUGUCAUUUGCCGAACAGCUAUAUCACUCUAAGGCUUUGCUGUGGCAAUGCUCAGACCAGAAUCUGAGAGAUGUGAAUAUAUCUCAAAAGCGGUUGGCUGAUGUGAAAAAUGCUUCUGAGCAGUUUAAAGUCUUACAGAAUAACUGCUUGCGGAAGACUAGCUACGUCAAGGGUGGGCCUCUUUUUGGUAGUUCCUCAGCAGAUUUGUCAACCCCUUUUACGAGUACAAGGGGUUACAAUUUGAAGAAUAAUUGCUAUCUGCCAUCAGCUGAAUGGGCUGCUUCUCGGGACGUGUGGAGUGCUCUGAAACAUUUGAAAGGAACAAUAUCUCAUAGAUUAGGAACAUGUUCACAGGAAUAUUCCUCCAGUGAUCAAUACCUUGGGGAUUCAUUUGACUUGCAGAGAGAGGGUACUGGGCAGAAUUUUCCAGAUGAAGGCACAUCAAAUUUUGAGCCACAGGCAAAAAGGUCGAAAAAUGCUGUAGCAGAGAGUUCUCUUCAGGACCAAAUUGUACCUUCCUCGAAAUGCCCCACAGCAAAUUAUCCAGGUAUUGGCAGCUCCAAUCUUGAUUAAUAAUUAGCGAUCAUGAACCCCGUUGAAAAUUUCGAAAGAAGCAUCUAUUUAUUUAUUUAUUUUUUAUGUCACUUAACGGUCAAGGAAAAAUAUUCCAGAUACAGACAAUUUAUAAAGUGACGAGUGAUCCAAAUUCUUGACGAGCUUUGCAUGAACUCGUGGAUACUAUAGUUUCUGAGUUUCUGUUAGAAUGAAUUCGGGAUCUUUUGUUCUUGCAGUGGAUUCAUUUAUUUGUCCUGUAGAUGAGCUGUUGUAGAUGUAGAUGCAUAUUUACAUAUGUUUACUGGUGCAAAGGAAAUUGAAUUUAUCUAUUGUCCAUCUGGGGAGAAUGUUAUAUGGAUGAGAUUAGGCUUUUAAUAAUUUCAACUUCAGUGAUUUUGUGAUUUUGACUUUUGUGAAUGUAUGUAUGUAUGGAUUUUGGAUUGGACCAUCUUUUGUCGACUUUAUAACUUCUUGGAUUCGAUCUAUUUCCUAUUGGUUGAG